AUGGGAAACCUCCCAGUUUGUCGUUUACAGCAGAUUAAGCCAUUACACGCAACUGGAGUAGACUAUGCAGGCCCUAUACCCUUAAAGGAAAGAAGAACACGAAACGCACAGGUCAGUCAUGCUUAUAUCUGUCUGUUUGUGUGCAUGAGUACAAAAGCACUUCAUCUCGAAGUCGCGUCCACUUUAUCGACCGAAACCUUCCUUAUGGCAUUCACCCGUUUCGCUGCUCGCCGAGGACCAAUCCAGGCCAUCUAUAGUGAUUGUGGUACCAACUUUGUGGGAGCAUCUCGACUGUUCAAAUCAGUUUCUGAGUACCAAAAUGCUAUAACCAAUCAUCUCUCUACACAGCAGAUUCAAUGGCACUUCAAUCCACCAUCAGCCCCUCACUUCGGAGGUUUAUGGGAAGCAGGUGUCAAGUCCGUAAAACAAUUAUUGUACCGAUCCAUAGGUAACCACCGACUGACCAGCGAAGAACUAAGUACCUGUCUAACGCGCAUCGAAGCAACUCUAAAUUCCAGACCGUUGAGUGCGAUGAGCAACGAUCCCGCUGAUUUCCACGCACUAACGCCAAACCAUUUCCUGACCCUCGAACCCAGCACGACUAUUCCAGAUCCAGAUUUGUCAACCCUUCCAAUAUCUAAGAUGCAGCGAUGGUGGCUCCUCCGAGAUAUUCACCAACAUUUCUGGAGUAAGUGGAAAAGCGACUUUAUCAAUACUUUGCAACAACGCGUGAAAUGGACAAAGGACAAUGGAGCUUUGCGUCAAGAUGAUCUAGUUCUCAUUAAGGAACCAACCAGCUCACUUCAAUGGAGACUGGGCCGCAUCGUUCAACUUCACCCAGGUAACGACGGAAUCAACCGUGUUGCCACCGUCAAAACAACCUCGGGAACUUUCAAACGUCCUGCCAUCAAGCUCUGUCCACUUCCACAGAAUUAA